AUGGACCAGGACAAGGGACAUAAUGAAUAUGAGCCAAGCAUUGACUUCCACAAUGACUCUCGCAGUGACGAGUCGGGUGAUACCAUCGAUCACGUCGACACUCUCGAAUUGACUCGGAUCAACACAUAUCGACUGCAGCAAAAGACAACCGUCGGCUCUUCCAGAGGGCCGAUGCCGCGUGAAAGAUGGCUUCCUAUGGGAGCUAAUAAAGAAUAUCCUCCCCUCCUUCCCGAUUCCGAAGGUUAUGUGGUUGAGUUUGAUGGAGCAAAGGAUCCAUUACAUCCAUACAACUGGUCAAUGGCGAAACGGUAUGCUCCCCGGAAAGAAUCCUCUGUCUUCGUACACGUACACUCGCUAAAGACUGGAAGAAUAAUGGCAGUUUGCAUCCUCUGCUAUGGAACAUUCGCCGGUUCCUUUGCGAGUGCCGUCUUUUCGGCCGGUAUCUCUGGCGUCAGCAAAGAAUUCCAGGUCAACACUGAGGUCGCCUCCCUUGGGGUAACACUCUACGUCCUUGGAUUUGCCGCCGGUCCGACAAUUUGGGCGCCUGCCUCUGAGCUCAUCGGUCGGCGUGGACCCCUCUCCGCCGGUCUGUUGGGGUGUGCCAUCUUCACCAUCGCAUGCGCAGUGGCCAAAGACAUACAAACCAUCAUGAUCUGUCGAUUCUUUGCAGGGUUAUUCGCAGCUAGUCCCAUCUCUAUCGUCCCUGCUGUGUUCGCAGACAUCUUCAACAAUACCCAGCGCGGGGUUGUCAUGUCGAUCUUCUGCAUGGCUGUCUUCAUCGGGCCCUUUGCCGCCCCAUUCGUGGGUGGAUUCAUUGCUAUGAGCUCCCUUGGAUGGCGCUGGACAAUGUACAUCUCGGCCAUCAUGGUCUUUGCAGGGUUCGCCCUAGUUGUGACUUGCCUUGAUGAAAGCUACGCCCCUGUUAUUCUUGUCCGCAAGGCCGCUACUCUUCGACGCCAGACGCGCAACUGGGGAAUCCAUGCAAAGCAAGACGAGGUUGAGAUCGACUUCAAUGAGCUUGUCCGGAACAACUUUGCUCGACCCAUCGUGAUGCUAUUCACUGAGCCGAUCCUCCUUCUCAUUUCUCUCUACAUCUCUUUUAUCUAUGGACUUAUCUACGCUUUGCUGGGCGCAUACCCCGUCAUUUUCCAAGGGGUCUAUGGAAUGAACAUGGGAGUUGGAGGCCUCGCCUUCAUCGGUUUGAUCAUUGGUGAACUCCUUGGUGGUGUUUACAUCCUCUCGAUUCAAGGUUCCUAUGCCAGGAAAUUGGCCGCAAAUGGUGACACCCCUGUGCCAGAAUGGCGGCUAUUCCCAGCCAUUGUGGGAGCUGUCUCAUUCUCAAUUGGAAUGCUCUGGUUGGGCUGGACCGGGUACACUUCGACCAUUCACUGGAUGGCUCCAGUAGCUUCUGGUAUUUUGACUGGAGCUGGAAUCUUCUUGAUCUUCUUGCAGUGUUUCAACUACAUUGUUGACUGUUAUCCUUCCCUUGCGGCGUCUACUAUUGCAGCGAACACCAUUCUACGCUCAGCGAUUGGCUGUGCGUUUCCCCUUUUCUCGAGGCAAAUGAUGGAGAACCUCGGGGUCCAGUGGGCAGGCACCAUGUUGGGAUGUAUUGCUGCCGCGAUGAUCCCCAUUCCGGUACUUUUCAAGGUAUACGGUCCAUGGCUGCGAAGUAAAAGUCAAUUGGCUUGCUCGCCCAUUUAUGAUUCGGAGAAGAAAGUUUAUGAUGUUUGA